CAAUUUUCUUAAUCGAGCGACGAGAUAACACGUGGGAAUAUAGUAGCGUUGAUUACUCGAAAGAAACCGAAAGAAAAGAGUUAAGAUUGGAGAAAGAGGCGUGCGAACUUCCAUGUUGCCGCGAACCUCCAAACAAACUGGACAAAAUCAUUCAGCAGAUAAUGGGAGAACAAAGCGUGUGAGGCUUCAGUGUAUGGGGCCAUCACAUUGGCAAAAGUAAGGGGGUCCCGGAUUUUUUAGAGGUGUGGCUUCGUGUAACCAGUGAAAGACUCCAGAUAUGUUUCGUAAACUGAGAAACUGUUUUGUCUGUUUCAUAUCGAAAAUUCAUAGAGGAAAGUUUAGAACCAUUAUUGUGGCAUUGGCUGCCUUGGUAACAACCAUCGUUUGUGGUACUCUAAUAAGAUUCCCUUCCGAUGCUCCAAUUCCCCGUCAGUCUGGACCAAGCCACGAUUGUAAAAUUUGGAAACAAUCUCCACGGCAUAAAACGACUUUGAUAACAACGAAAUCAUGUUCAAGGAACUAUUUUCUUCUCAUCUUAGUGUCAUCUGCACCUGCAAACCAAGGUAGAAGAAAUCUAAUUCGUCAAACCUGGGGCACUGACAAUAACGUGUCUCCAAAGUGGAAGACAUACUUUCUUAUUGCGAAAACAGAGGAUCAAACACAUUCACGUUUUGUCGAUAAGGAAGACGAAGUUUAUGGAGACUUGAUUCGCGCGGACUAUUACGAGAAUUACUGGAGACAGAGUUUUAAGAUUAUGAUGGCCUUUGAGUGGGCAUCGCGAUAUUGUAAUUUUUCUUACAUUUUGAAAGCAGACGACGAUAUCCUGGUUAAUACCGCUGAUUUAAUUCUCUUUUUGCAAAAGGAAUCAACUCCAGAAAAGAGACUUUUCUUGGGACAAAUUCAUCAUAAUCCUCGUGUACUUCGAGACGGUAAAUGGAAAGUCAGCUACGAAGAGUACAACCACACUCACUAUCCAGAUUUCUGUAGUGGGGCUGGCUUUGUUAUGACGUAUGACGUUAUCGAGUGCAUUGUUCCCCUGUUUGAUGUAAUUAAGCCGUAUAGGAUGGACGAUGUUUAUGUAGGAAUGCUUGCUCAUGCCAUUGGUGUGAUAGCAGUGGGUCAUAGAGGGUUCUUUAUGCCGAUUGAUGAUUAUGACGACUGUAAUUUUGUCCCAAACGUUCUUCUGCAGCACCGCGCGACUGGACAGUGUUUAAUCAAACUUCAUCAUAUUCAUAAGAACGUCAAAGAUUUCCUUUUCAAUAGAAAACUGGGAUCUUAUUUUUAAUUUGUUAUUUCAUACUUGACUUUGUUUAUCUCCAUAUCUGAAGGACAUUGGCGCGGUCAAGUAAAAUUUGACAAAUGUAAAAAGACUAAGACAAAAAUCAAAGGCUCCCCAGAGAUACCUCAUGGUAUGUCUUAAUUCGUCAAUUAAGAGGUGAGAACUCCAACCUUUUGUUAUCUACUUCCAAUAUUGCGUGACCUACCCUUACACGAUUAUUAACUUUAUAAGCAA